AUGACAACGUGCAACUUCCUCGGCGCCGGGUCUAGCGUCGCUAUCGUAGAAACCACCUAUUCCUUCUUCGGCGGCGACGAAGACGCCUUGGGGGAGGAGGACUUCACGGCGAAUCUCUCCAGGACGGCCUACCUCUUCACCACCACGGCUCUGAUGCAGGGGCUCGGCAACCUGAUCUGGAUGCCUCUGAUCGUAAAGUACGGUCGGCGACCGGUAUACGUCGUCUCCUUCGCAAUGUACACAGCUACAGCGAUCUGGGCCGGGGCAGCGAGGAGUUAUUCUCAUGCGCUAGUUGCGAGGAUCAUGAUGAGCUUUGCGGCGGGGAGUGGGGAGUGUCUUGCACCCUUGACGAUUUCUGAGAUUCUCUUCCUGCAUGAGCGUGGGACUGUUAUGGCGUGGUAUACCGCGUCCCUGAAUUUCGGGGGUGUCGAUUGGGACUAUUGUCGCCGGGCUGAUGACGAUCCAUCACAGCUGGCGCUACAUUUACUGGGUAGCUACGGCUUUCAUCGGGAAGCUUACAAUCGUCGUCUUCUUCACCUUGUCCGAGACCUCCUAUAA